UUCAGUGAGGACUCACCUUUCGGCAGUUUAAGGGAGUUUUACCUUUGAUAGUUUGUUAUGGAGGGCAGGAUCACCUGUGGACUGUGGCUGCUCGUUCUCCUCUCGGGAUGUGGGCGACUGUCGGCUUUCAACCUGGACACCGAGAAUGUCCAGCAGAAGAGCGGGGAUCCAGGCAGCCUGUUCGGCUUCUCUCUCGCUAUGCACCGGCAGCUUGAGCCGGAGGAUAAGAAAAUGUUGCUGGUUGGUGCCCCAAGAGCGAAAGCCUUACAAGGUCAAAAAGCUAAAGUGACAGGAGGACUCUACAACUGUGACAUGAGCUCCAGCUCACCUGGCUGCAGCAGAGUUGACUUUGAUAAUGAAGAGGAUUUAAAGAAAGAAAGCAAGGAGAACCAAUGGAUGGGAGUGAUAGUCAACAGUCAGGGGCCAGGAGGCAAGAUUGUGACCUGUGCCCAUCGCUACCAGCGACGGAGCAAUGUGAACACACCCAUCGAGUCCCGUGACAUUAUCGGUCGCUGCUACGUGCUGAGUCAGAACUUGGUCAUCGAUCCCAUCUCCAGCGAAGAUGGCGGCGGCUGGCACUUCUGUGACGGCCUGCCCAGAGGCCACGAGAUGUUCGGCUCCUGCCAGCAGGGCCUCUCUGCCACGUUCGACAAGGACUACCACUACCUCAUCUUUGGGGCUCCUGGAGCAUACAACUGGAAAGGCGUGGUACGCUUAGAGCAAAAGAACGACACCCUCUUAGAGCUGGGCAUCUAUGACGACGGUCCUUUUGAGGCGGGAGAUGAGAGAGAGAGGAACCCCGACCUGGUCCCUGCCCCUGCCAACAGCUACCUGGGCUUCUCUCUGGACUCGGGGAAGAGUUUGACUAAGAAGAACCAGCUGACGGUGGUGGCGGGAGCUCCUAGAGCGAACCACAGCGGGGCGGUGGUGCUGCUGAAGAGAGGCCCGGAGUCAAGCAACAUCUUGCUGGAGGAGUACACCCUGGAAGGGGAGGGGCUGGCCUCGUCUUUCGGCUACGAUCUGGCUGUGCUGGAUCUCAAUGGGGACGGUUGGCAGGACAUAGUGGUGGGAGCACCUCAGUACUUUGAGAAGGACGGAGAAAUUGGUGGAGCCGUCUACGUCUACGUCAACAAGGCAGGAAACUGGAACAAAGUCAAACCAAUCAGAAUAGACGGAACUGAGGACUCCAUGUUUGGCCUGGCUGUGGAAAACCUGGGAGACCUCAAUUUGGAUGGUUACCAUGAUUUUGCAGUGGGAGCUCCUUAUGACAAUGACGGUGCAGGGAAGGUUUACAUCUACAGUGGAUCAGCCACAGGACUCCACUCCACAAAACCUGCACAGGUGCUGUCCGGCCAGACUUUAGGAGUGAAUAUGUUUGGCUACUCUUUGGCAGGCAACAUGGACCUGGAUGAGAACUCCUACCCAGACCUGGCCGUUGGAUCGCUCUCCGACUCAGUCUUUGUCUACAAAACCCAUCCUGUUGUUAACAUCAAGAAAGAAAUCACGUUCAGCCCGAAGGAGAUCGACCUUACAAAUAAGAACUGUGACAACACCUUCUGCUUGAAUAUUGAGGCGUGCUUCACCUACACUGCCAACCCCAAGAGCUACUCUCCCAGACUGACGGUGGCGUACACCAUCGAGGCGGAUGCUGACCACAGGAAGAACGGUCUUAUUCCCAGGGCGACCAUCCGCAGCCCCUCCGGCUCUGAAAACAGCUUUGAAUCCAAAGGAACCGUCACCAUAAACACCAAAGGAGCGAAACAAUGUGUUACACGUCAGCUUGUCAUUAAGGAAAAUAUUCGAGACAAGCUGCAUGGGAUCCCUAUCGAUGUGUCCGUGGAGAUCCAGGACGCCAAACGUAAACGCAGGCAGAGCUCAGCUCAACUGCCGCCUAUCCUGGACACCAACGAGCCAGCGACGACUCGAUCAGAGGUGGAUUUCCUGAAGGAGGGUUGUGGCAGCGACAAUGUGUGCCGGAGCAACUUGCAAGUGAAGUACCGCUACGGCUACAGGAAAGCUGACAAAGAGACAUUCAUUCCAUUAGGACUGGAGGAUGGUGUGCCGGUGAUCACGCUCAGCGAGCACAAGGACAUCACCUUGGAGGUCACAGUAACCAAUAUCAAUGGAGAUGAUGCACAUGAAGCCUCUCUGAUCGCCUCCUUCCCGCACUCCCUCACCUACUCUGCAUACCGUGUUGCACCCAAUGAGCGGCAGGUAACCUGUGAAGCCAACAAAGACGGUUCUCAGGCUGAUUGUGAGCUGGGAAACCCUUUCAAACGUGACUCAGUGACGACCUUCUACAUUAUUUUGGGUACAGCACACAUCUCUCUCAACAUUACUGAACUGGAGAUUGAUCUUCAGCUAAAUACGACAAGCAACCAGGAUAAAAUAGCUCCUGUCAAAGCAAAGGCAAAGGUGGCCAUUGUGUUGCAGCUGUCUGUAUCAGGACAAGUCCAGCCAUCUCAGGCCUACUUUUCAGGAGAGGUCAAAAGUGACACAGCCAUGAAGAGUGAAAGUGAGGCUGGCACUGCCAUCAUUCACCAGUUCAGAAUAAUCAACCUGGGAAAGCGCUUGACAGGCUUGGGCAAUGCCACCCUCAACAUCCAUUGGCCAAAGGAGACAAACCAGGGCAAGUGGCUGCUCUACCUAAUGAAGAUCAGCUCCACAGGAGUGGAGCAGAUAGCGUGCACUCCUGCAAAAGAGAUCAACCAGCUUGGCCUGGAACCGAGUAAAACCAGGACAAGAAGAGCAGCAACAAACACCCAGGGAAAUGAUAAGGGCACCAUUUCCUAUUAUAGUGACAAGAAAAAAGCAUCUCUGUCCUGUGACAGUGGGGCAAACUGUGUGAUCAUAAGGUGCCCCCUGCAGGGUCUGGACAGUAAUGCAGUCAUCACUGUCCACUCUCGCCUCUUUAACAGCACCUUCAUCGAGGAUUAUUCCAAGGUACAUUAUGUGGAGAUAUCAGUGAAGGCCUCUCUACAGAUUGAUAGCGCAAGGAACACAGUGCUGGAAAAGGCUGAGUCACAGGUGAAACUGACGGUGUUCCCAGAGCGUCGUGCUGCUCAGCAUGCAGGAGUCCCAUGGUGGAUCAUCGUGCUGUCCAUCCUGUUCGGGCUGCUGUUGUUGGCCCUCUUGGCUUUCCUUCUCUGGAAGUGUGGCUUUUUCAAGCGUGCCAAAUAUGAAGACAAGGUUCCCAGUUACAAUGCAGUUCGGAUCAAACGGGAGGAGAGAGCGAUAAACCCUGGAAAUGGUAAAUGGGAAAACCUGGAAAAGAAGCCGUGGAUGACAACCUGGCAUGACAACGAACAUUAUUCUUAACAGCCAAUGAAAUCUGACUCCACACAGAUUCCUGUUGCUUACUGUUGAACUCCUAAUUUCACAGAUUUUUUUUUUUUUUUUUACUGCCCUGUCUUUGCACAGCCUGGACUGUAAAUAUCAAGGAACAAAGAAAAUCUUUUGUAAACUUUUGUAGGAUGAAAUACUUGAUUGAAACAUUCUGAUUCAGGGGCUGAUUUGAUCUUGGAUGGUCUGUAUGAAUCACUGGAAGGAGAGUUGCAGUGUGGGAGAUGGUCCUGCACAACUACUGUUUGUCUGAGCUUGUUUUGUACAUUGACUGUGUUCACAGUGUUGACCGUGGGGAGGGAGGGUGGAAGUACGGGAGAGUUUCUAGAUUUUUGUACAUUUUUUUGAAUGUUUUGCCGAAUUGUUUGUAUUUAUUCUUCGUGAGGAGUACUGUGUUACGUGGUGUACAGGCCAAAGACUCAUGCAAUGCAUCAACUAAAAUGCAUUUAUUUUCCCCAGUUUACAAGUGCAUUUUUCUAAAAUAUCAUCUCCAGUGCAAAUGCGUUAACUGGUGAACAAUCGGCUUGUAUUUCACACUCGAGGUGCCUCAGAUUGUACAUUAAAAGGAGGAACUGCAACUUAUCCACAUUUGAGAAAUGCUUGGUUUGUAAACUUAUUGUUGAGCUUCUGCAGAAUUCACCUUCAAUUCCCUGGCUCUAAAAUAGGAACAAAGUGAGAGCGAAC